AUGGCUCCCUCCCGGCUCGUCCUGGUUCUGGUCCUGGUCUCGGUCCAGCAGAGCCUCCAGGCUCCUCGGCUGCUCCUGCUCCUCAUCGACGGGUUCCGACACGACUACACAGAGGAUCUGGGUCUGUUCCCGGGGUUCCGAGAGCUGGUGGAGAGCGGGGUCAAGGUGGACUAUCUGACCCCGGACUUCCCGAGUCUGUCGUACCCUAACUACUACUCCUUAAUGACAGGCCGUCACUGUGAAACCCACCAGAUGACUGGAAACUACAUGUGGGACGAAGUCUCUGAGAAAGAGUUUCUGAUCGGGACUAAUCCUGACAGUCGAUUACCUCAGUGGUGGAACGGAUCAGAACCUCUUUGGGUCACCCUUCAGAAGAUGGGAAAGAAGGUUUUUAUGUAUGACUGGCCUGGUUGCGAGAUGGAGAUUCUGGGUGUGCGUCCAACGUUCUGUAAAGAGUACGUGUUCAACCCAUCAGAGGAAAACCUGAAAGAGUCCAUUAAUGAUGCGCUCUCUGUGUUGAGCUCAGGCAACGCAGACAUGGCCGCUGUGUAUUAUGAGAAAAUAGAUGUGGAAGGACAUCACUUUGGACCAGACUCGCAGCAGGUCCGAACAGCUGUCCAACACCUGGAUCUUGUCAUACAGAUCCUCAACAGAAAAAUCAAAGAGACCAACAUGGCGAAGCAGCUGAACGUGAUGAUAUUUUCUGACCAUGGAAUGACAAAGAUCCAGUGGAUGGAGAAGGUCAUAGAGCUGGACAAGUAUGUCCACAUGUCAGACAUUUCAAAGAUGAUGGACAAAGGUUCAGUGGUCAGUCUGUGGCCCAAAAAUAACGCAUUCCAACAGGUCUACGCUGCUCUGACCCGGGUCCCUAACAUGCAUGUUUACACCAGAGAAGAGAUCCCUGAACGAUUCCAUUACAAAAGAGGGAAGUUUGUGUCCCCCUUGACUUUAGUGGCCAAUCCAGGCUGGUUUAUCAUUCAGAACAAGAACAAACUUCCUUAUUGGAAAAAUGACUCUGGGGCUCUGGAGCCCUCAGGAUGGCAGAAUGGCUGGCAUGGUUUUGAUAAUGACUUUCUUGACAUGAAAGGCUUCUUCUUGGCAGCAGGAUCUGACUUCAAGCAAAAUGUUCAAGCAGCUCCAGUUCGAGCAGUGGACAUUUACAAUCUGAUGUGCUGGACUUUAAGAGUGGACCCUUUGCCUAAUAAUGGGUCCUGGACUCAUGUAGAGCACCUGCUAAAUGGCUGUGACCCAGUCCAGCUAGCGACACUGUGGAGCUGCAUUAUGGGUUUGUUAGCAGUACUAAAACAAGUAAUGAUGGAAUGAUAUAUGAAAAUUCACAUCAAAUAGCUGGAUCACGUUUUCUAAAAACAGAAAAGAUAGCAACACAGAUUAAAACUUAGUCCCAAACCGUAAAAGAUGAGUUAGAUGUUUUUAGAUAAAAAUCAAAAAGAAUGAUUUUGUUACAAAGUUAAUUUUUAUUAGAAAUGAUUCCUGAAAUAGCAAAAAUCAAGUACAAAGUUGAGAUAUUAUUAAACUUUAAUUAUUUCCAGUAAUAUUUUGUUCUCAUGUUUUAGGAUUUAAGAUGUUU